AUGUUACAGUUGUCGACUCUGAGAACGCCUUGGCUCAAUGCCAAGAUCCUCACCGGUUUUCUCUUGGCAUCAACCACCCUUGCCAGUCCACUGUUUCUCAACGACACGCUCACCGUCCAACUCGAGUCAUACGGUUCGUUCACCGGAACGACGCUGAACACGACGACGUCGGGGGUUCCGCUCUCAAAAUCUGUGGACGUUUGGUAUGGCGUUGACUACGCAACUCAGCCUAUUGGAGACCUGCGAUUUUCACCGGUGGGACGGCCUUCGCCUUUCAAUGGCACGCGCGACGCCACAUCGUAUGGAAAAGUCUGCAUUCAAGAGCCGGGUAACUCCAACUUAGUGACUUUCAUUAAGACCAAUAUCGAGUAUGGUGAAGACUGCUUGAACCUCAACGUUUACAGACCGUCCGGGGUCAGCUUUGAGAAGAAGCUACCUGUUUUGGUUUGGAUCCAUGGAGGUCUCUUCCGUAACUCGGCAGGGAUUACAUGGGAUGGCGCAUCUUUCGUGGCUUCGUCGUCUGAGCCCGUCAUCGUCGUCACCUUCAACUACAGACUUGCCGCCCUGGGGUUCCUGGCGUCUCCUCUCCUAGCUGAUAUCGGCUUGGUCAACUUGGGUCUGCAAGAUCAGAACCAACUUCUACGAUUCGUCCAUAGGCACAUCUCAUCUUUCGGCGGCGACCCAGCUCGAGUGACGUUAGGAGGAAAGUCAGCAGGUGCCCACUCCGUCGGCUUCCACUAUCAAAACCCCUUCACUGCGGGAGAGGAACUCUUCCAUCAAGCCAUCUUCCAGUCAGGUGGCCCAACUGGACGAUCAUUCCCCAACGCCUCCGAUCCGGUGACCGUCAAGCAAUACGAGCAGUUUCUCAGCAGGGUGGGCUGCCAAGACAAUGGCGUUGCCGAGGACCUGUUGUCGUGUUUGAGACAAGUAAAUGUUGAGCUCAUCGAGAAGACGUCCACCGCCUUGUUGGCCGAGUAUCGCUACAACGGGACCCAUCCCUUCCAGCCCGUCUCCGACGCAGUCAUCAUUCCGCGUCUUCCUUCCGCAACCUGGGACUCAGGGUUGUGGAACAAGCUCCCGGCCCUGACGUCCUUCAUCACCGAUGAAGGUAGUCUCUACGCACCCACUAACCUGACUACGGAUGACGAGGCCUGGGGCUGGCUCUCAAAUCUUUACCCGGGACUCGAUGGCGGCGAUCGAGAGACGUUCUCGCGGCUCUAUCCCGAUCCCGAAACCAAUCCAGACUCGGUUUACGCCGACGCCCGAGGACAAUCGGCUCAGUUUACUCGGCUGUCUGACGUUUACGGCGACACAUCGUACAUCAGCUGUUCCCAGGAAAUCGCCUCUCGUCUGUCGGCCGAAAACAUCCCGGUCUGGAAGCUUCAUUGGAACACCAACGACAGUGUCACCCCCUACCUUGGCAUUUCUCAUGGAGCUGACGUUCCCUACGGUUGGGGUGAGCCGAAGACUCAAUACCCUGAGGCUGGAAAGGUUCUGUCUUCGUAUUAUGCGAGUUUUGUUGUGACCGGUGAUCCCAACAACUUGAAGGCGCAGGGAGCAGCUGAGUGGAGGACGUAUUCAGACGCAGGAUCGGACGAACUUGGCUGGCAGGUCAAUGUUAGUCCAAAUGGAACCUGGAUUGAGAAAGAUAGUAUCAGAAGGGAAGCGAUGGAAUUCUGGAGGGCAAAUCCGCUGAAGUUGGAUCAUUAG